CAAUAACAACGCCAUCAGUGGUCAGACCAACAGUCAGAUGAAGGCCAUCACCGCCAGUAGCGGCGCUGCGUCUUCUGCUUCUUCGGUGCCAAAGUUUCUGUCGCACGUGAAGUACGAGCACCUGAUCGCCGGCAUAGCCGGCGGUGUCGUAUCCACUCUAGUCUUACAUCCGUUGGAUUUACUCAAAAUACGUUUGGCCGUAAAUGACGGCCAGAAAGUGCGACCUAAUUAUCAGGGAUUGGUUAACACCAUCACCACUAUAGCCAAACAUGAAGGUGUUAAAGGUCUAUACCGUGGAGUAACACCUAAUUGUUGGGGGGCCGGAAUCUCCUGGGGGUUCUACUUUCUAUUUUAUAAUACCAUUAAGUCUAAUAUGACCGAAGGAACUUCUACUACAUUAGGUCCGGCACGACAUAUAUUGGCCGCUGCGGAGGCCGGUAUAUUGACCACAACGAUAACGAAUCCCAUAUGGGUGGUCAAGACUCGUAUGUGUUUGCAAUACGGAACCAUUGCCGAAAUGCAGAAUCUACCACCAUCGAAACGUUACUCGGGAAUGGUAGACGCCCUGCGCAAAGUGUACAAAUUUGAAGGCGUUCCCGGUCUCUAUCGGGGCUAUGUACCCGGUAUUCUAGGUGUAAGCCAUGGUGCUCUACAGUUUAUGGCCUACGAGGAGCUGAAAAGAUAUUAUGUUGAUAAACAUAAUCUUGAAUCCGAUGGCAAGUUGGGUACAAUGGCAUAUCUGACGUGUGCGGCACUCAGUAAAUUGUUUGCCGCCAGCAUUACAUAUCCAUAUCAAGUACUACGGGCCCGACUACAGGACCAGCACAGCAGCUAUAAUGGUGUGAUUGAUGUGAUCCGCAAAACCUGGAGGUUUGAACGAUUGGGAGGCUUUUACAAGGGUUUGGGUGCUUAUCUGAUUCAUGUGACGCCCAACAUAUGCAUCGUCUUCCUUAUAUAUGAAAAACUAUCGCCAACGACAACACAGUCCAAGAGUUUCAACAGAGGAUAUGUCGAAGAAUAAUAAUUAUUAAUAAUAAUAAAUGU